CAUACGGAACCAAAAUAUAACACAACACAACACAACACCAGCACGAACGAAGAAGGGCAACGCGACAUGACCGAGACCGACGAACCCAUGGGCGAGAGCGAGGGAAUGAGCAACCCCACGACGCGUCGGAAGAAACCUGUCAAGCCGGCCCUGAAAUCCAGCAGCAGCAGGAGCAGCGGCAACAAUGGGACCACGGACCASGAUUACGACCACCACACCACCACGGACGACGACAGCGAAACGGACAGCAGGAAGACCAGCAGCACCGGCAAGUUUGCGAAGAAGCGCACCAAGAAAGCCAACCGCACCCUCAAGUGGGACGAGGCCAUGAUCCAGGAACACGACCAGCUGCGGGGAACCCGAAUGAAAAUCGAGGAGGCCAACACGCCCUUUGCGUAUUACGACAGCGGAAGCGAAACAGACGGCUCCUUUGGCAGCGCCCGCGGGAUGAGCGUGGCGAGCAACGACAGCGGAGGCAGCCACCGGGAGCGUGGCAAGGGGGGGCCGCCGAACCGCGCGGGAGGGAUCUGCUGGGACGCCCUCACGAACAAGCUGGAGGCCCACGCGGCCGUUGCGGCGUCGUCGUCGUCGGCGGCGKCGGCCCGGUUCGCCCCGGGGAGCGGCGGCGAGUCGGAGGGCGACGGGGACGGCCACCUCCGCCGGCGCGACGAGCAGCGGGCGGAGCUCAAGCGCCUCGAGUUCCAGGAACACCGCAAGCGGCACUACAACGAGAUGGAGGUCCUCCGGAGGUUCCGGCGGGAACACCCCGACGGGGAACCCACUGCGAACGGGCACGGAGAGGACGAGGGCGAGGACGAGGACGACUACGACGAGCAAAACGACGGAGACGACGAGAACGAUUGAACGAAACGGAAUGGAAGGAAACGGAAGGAAAGGAAAGGAAAUGAAAUGAAACCAAAGGGAAGGAAAGGAAAGUUAGUAAAGCAAAGGAAGGAACACAGGAUCAAUCAAAGCAGAGCAUAUCG